AUGGCGGCGCCGGGCCUGGCGGGGUUCCGAGGGAGGCUUUUGCGGCCGCUCCCGGCUGCAGCACGUCCGGGGGCCGCCGGUGCCGGUGGGGUCGGCGUGCCCCGGGCAGGGUUGAAGAAGUACGUGAUGCCCCCGGAUUACAGCGGAAUCGUAAUCCCGGAGAAGCCAAAGCUGAAGUUCAUGGAUAAGGUCCCACAGGUGCCCAAGGUCAGGCGGGAGCCUCGGAAUCUGCGUGACAUCCGUGGCCCGUCCCGGCAGGCCACCAACUUCACGCAGGGGCAGUACGGGAUCCUGGCCUUGGGGGGUGGCUACCUGCACUGGGGCCACUUCGAGAUGAUCCGCUUGACCAUUGGCCGCUGCAUGGACCCCAAGACCAUGUUUGCCAUCUGGCGUGUGCCAGCCCCCUACAAGCCACUGACCAAGAAGAGCUUGGGCCACCGCAUGGGGGGCGGCAAGGGCCCCAUCGAGCGCUACGUGACGGCGGUGAAGAGCGGGCGGCUGGUGGUGGAGCUGGGCGGGCGCUGCGAGUUCGAGGAGGUGAAGCCUUUCCUGCUGCAGGUGGCCAGGAAGCUGCCGUUCCACGCCAUCCCCAUCAGCAGGGAUGGCCUUCAGGAGAUGAGGAGGGAGGAGGAGGAGAGGAAGCUCAACAACCAGAACCCUUGGACCUUCGAGCGCAUCGUCACCGCCAACAUGCUGGGCAUGCGCCGCUACCUCAGCCCCUACGACCUGCACCUCAAGGGACGGUACUGGGGCAAGUUCUUCCUCAAGGACAGGGUCUGACCGGGUCCCACCUCCCAUUAAACCUUUC